GAACCCGACACAAGAAGCUCGGUUCAAGCGGCCUGUGCAUCACCUCGUUGAGUCUUCGACUCCUAGACUUCAUCAUGCCUUCCACCGCCACCGUUGCCAUGGCUGGCGUCGGCGCCUUCGCCGCAGCGGGUGCCUUGAGCGGUGCCUUCGUGGCACCUGCCGGGCAGGUGCAGCACAGCGAGCCGCAGAUGCAGAGGACCAACCUUCGCGCGGCGGGCUACGGCUCCUCUCAGACUGCCGGUGUUGGUGCUAUGGCCGGCCUCGGUGCUGUGGCCUUGUCCCACACUCGUGACCCCGCCGAGAUUCCCUUCGGCGAGCACGGUGCUGAGUACGUGUGUGAGUCCACUGGCGUGUUCCUGACCACGGAGAAGGUUCAGCCCCACUUGAAGGCCGGUGCCAAGAAGGUGAUCUUCUCCGCCCCCGCCAAGGAUGACUCCCACACCAUCGUCAUGGGAGUGAACGAGAGUACUUACGACCCCUCGAUGGAGGCCGUGUCCUGCGCCUCUUGCACUACCAACGGCCUGGCCCCAGCCGUGCGUGUCCUGCAGGAGUGGGGCUACAGCUGCCGAGUUGUCGAUUUGAUCAAGCACAUGGCCAAGGAGGAUGCCAAGGCAUUCCUGACGAACAGAGUGCUCUGCGAGUUUCUUUACAUGCAG